AUGAAGCUUGAAGUGAUUUUCCUAUUGUCUAUGACACUAGCAAUAUACGCAUCGGAUAGCGUACUAAGAAAAACCAACGAUGGACUACAAGUUAAAGAUUCAGAUAAAACGCACAGAAACGUACAUAUGCCUCCAAAGAGUAUUCAGUUCGUCAUAACCCCCAAACCAACGCAGCAACCACUCGUAUCUUUGUACAAAGCGUACGUCGGUAAGAAGCCGCUUAUGCGAAAAUUCGUCCCUACAGGAGCCAGGAUUACAGAACCACCGAUUGAAGUGACCAGACGGCCAAUCAUGAAACAGCGUCAUCUGGUCGUUGGUUCUACAACAGCAAAGCCACAGACCAAGCUAGACUUACACGUCACCAUAAGGCGACGGGUUAAUUUCAGACCAAACAAAACAAGCAACCAACCAAACGAAGAUAAAAGACAGACGUCUGAUGGUAAAGUAGCUAAGUCGCGUAUUGCAGCUGUGGUCGAUGAUAAUGAUUACGAUAAUCUAAGAAUCGUCCCCAGCGACUUACUAUUUGCCAAGUCGCAGAAAGUUUAUACGAUUGUGGAUCCACCAAACAGCAAUCCAAAGGACGCCAAUAUCAACUCGAAAAAUCAUUUUAAUGAAGAGAAAAGCGCACUUCUCGAUCUGAAUAAUGAAAAGUUGAAGCCUGAUACGGAAACUAACACGGUCCAUUUGAAUAAUGAGCAUCAAAGUGAUCAUAAUGGAGAAAAGCAAGAUCGGAAAGAAUUUAUCUUUGUCAAUCCGAAAGAUCCGCAAAAUACAAAAGACAAUAGUGUUCAAAAGACAGAAGAUAUGAAAGAAAGUAUCAUGAAGUCAUAA